GGGCCGCGCGCGUGGCAGGAAGCACCUGUUGGUCACCCCUGUACACACCUGGCCUGGAAAAACUGUUGUUCACAUUAAGACACAGAAAGAAAAAAUAUGAAGAAAAUCAUCAGGAAGUUUAAAGAGAAGCUCACGUUCAAGGAUUUACCGCCGCCUUACCGGGAGAACGAUGUUGGUAACAGCGAUCAAAAUAGAAGAGAUGAAGUUCAAAACCUGGUUACUCUACCUUGCGACGCAUUAGAUUUGCUCGCAAACUGCAAGACAGCCAAUAUAAACAGUCCAGAAUCAGAAGCGGAAUACGCAGAAAUUCAAGACAUGGGUCUGUGGCAUUCAACGCCGCUCUCUCAUCGACAUAAAUCCAAAAUAUCUUUGACGUGGGUGCUGAAGGAGAACCUGGAGAGCACAAAGUUACCACCAGAAAAAUUACAGACGGAAGAGAGAUUAAAAAAUUUGCUUGUGAGUGAAGAGAGACGAAGCCAUUUGAACGAAAACGAGCGUGUUAGAAAGUGCAAGUCAAGAGAAGUGAGAGAGAGGGUCGUGGGACGUAAUGAAUAUUAUCACAAUCUUAGGUUUAAAAGUGUUUGUGAUGAACUUGUGAAUGCACGGGAGUCGUGUUCUGACGAUACUAGUGGAGCCACCGAGGAGUAUACAAAGAGGAAACAUCGUCAUCGACACAGGAGAAAGAAGCGAAAAGAUGGCAGGUUCGGGUACGACAUACGAGACUUGGAUAGCUUCUUGAGUGAGGCAUCGAUCGACCGUCCAGGAAACAUUCCUGUGGUGGUCGCGUACCCUACAACACUCUACCAGACGCACAAAGGUGUGCAGGAAGAGUUGUCCCUGCCGCUGGGAACGGUCGUCAAUGCGGUGUUCAAGAACCAGCAAUGGGUGUACGCACAAACUCCGCAUGGCGACGAGGGUUAUCUGCUGUACAGUGCGUGCUUACCUUUAGGAAUACUACCUAGUCGACCAUCUACUCAAAAGAAGGCGCCUUGUUGGGAGAGCAGCACAGACAUCUACCCCCGCCCGUGCGGAAACCUCACCGAUACGGAGAAGGAACAAUUACGAGGCAGAACACGCUCAGAAUGUCGCUACAAACCGAAAAGAAAACCCAAAAACUGCGCAGAAAAGGACUUUGACACCCUAUACUUAAAAACGAAAUCUGUGUGUUCUAUAGACAAAUUAGAAAAAGAUAAUCGUGAUAGAUGUAAAGUGCAAACACAGACUUUAUUAGUAGUAAAUAGUGAUUAUAAAGGCAAUAUUCGCAAUAAAACAUUAACAGUCAGUCAGGGAGACGUGGUAGUGUUAGUGCAAGGGAGACAGGAGACCGAUGUGGAUUCAGAGUGGUUCUAUGUGAAAAAAAGAGAUGGCAGUCAGGGCUUUAUUCCCGCUGAUAUUGCUGGCCAUGGGUAUAUUUAAGAGUUAGUGGAUAAAUGAAAUUUAAGCUAAAUUGUUUUUUUUAGAAAAGUGUACAAUAAGUAAGUUAUUAACUAUCUAAAGACUGAAAUGUUACAUAUGGUUCAUCAGUUUACGUCGAAGAACUACUGUACGUUAGUGAUGCAAUGGAAGUGUCAUAACGGAAACAGAUAUCAGGAGUAAAUCUUAACGGAAACUAAAACG